GGAGAGGGGGUGGUGUUUCAGUGAUUUAUUUGAAGGAUGAAUUAACUUUGUAUGAUCGCUUCUUGUCGCUGUAUUAACACACACACAGUGCAGCUGACAGACUGCAAACCAGUCAGGUCUGAUGGGGGAACUGACUUCAGCUUCAGAUUGAGAUCGUCUCGCAGUUGUUGGUUGGAUUGAGAGGCGCUUUCAGUUUUAUUUUUAGAUUUUUCGAUUUCCUCUCACUUUUGUUUUUUUUUAAAAAAAAUUCUUCCUGGAGGGUUGUUGCUAGAAAACUGCUUUGUGUUAAAUGGUUGAGGUUUAAAUAAAAAUCGAGAGGAUGGGAAAGCAGAAUAGCAAGCUUCGUCCAGAGGUACUUCAGGAUCUGCGAGAAAAUACAGAAUUCACAGACCACGAGCUCCAAGAGUGGUACAAAGGUUUCCUGAAAGAUUGCCCCAGUGGCCACUUAACUGUUGAGGAGUUCAAGAAAAUCUAUGCAAACUUUUUUCCGUAUGGGGAUGCCUCAAAGUUUGCAGAGCACGUAUUCCGCACCUUUGAUACGAAUGCUGACGAGACUAUUGACUUUAGAGAAUUUAUAAUUGCCCUUAGUGUCACCUCCAGAGGAAAGCUUGAACAGAAGUUGAAGUGGGCAUUCAGUAUGUACGACCUGGAUGGAAAUGGUUACAUCAGUCGAGGUGAAAUGCUGGAGAUUGUACAGGCAAUUUACAAGAUGGUGUCAUCUGUAAUGAAGAUGCCAGAAGAUGAAUCCACACCAGAAAAACGAACAGACAAGAUUUUUAAGCAGAUGGACACAAACAAUGAUGGCAAACUGUCUCUUGAAGAAUUCAUAAAAGGUGCCAAGAGUGAUCCAUCCAUUGUUCGGCUAUUACAGUGUGAUCCCAGCAGUGCAAGUCAGUUCUGAAUUGUAACUAGAUCUGUUUGGACAGUAACAAUGAACCACUGCUUGUCAUUCAAGCUUAGCUUGCAACAGAUGCCUUUUCAAUUAUUCUUAAUGGUUUGAUGGACAGAUUAAAUUGCCAGAUUUUGGUGUUUCACGCAUUAAAGUGGCUGGCAUUCUGCUUCUGGCAGUUCUAUAAAAGCAGCAUUCCCGUGCAACGGAGCAUUUCCACAGAAGAUUCCCUGGUUAUGUUUACAUUCAGUUGUUGGGUGAUUGUGUUUUGAAUGCAAUUAAUGUAUUUAAUGCUGUAGCUUCAAUCGUGCAAGUGAAAAAAGGAUUGUAUAUAUUCAGUGAGUGACUAUGGAAGUGUUUUAACUGUGGUAUAUUUUGGGGGGAAGGAAGGGGUUGGGCAGACCAAGUUGUUGAAACAAUCUAACUGAAUGUAGCCAGGCUGAAAGGUUUUUAUCAUAAAAGCGCCAAUAGCUUGUGCUUUUUCUAUAGGAAAAUUGCUUGCACUUCGGAAACGUGGACCUUUCAGAAAUUAUUCUUUAUGUAUGGUGAAAUACAGUUCAAUAUUGAAGGCAGGUCUAUAUAUUUAAUGCAAUGCUAUCUUGUAUUUCAUUUCCAAAGUUGAAUGCAUAUAUCCAUUCUAAAUGUAUAGAUUCUCUCUAGUUGUCACUAGUGAUCGAACAGGUGUCACGGCUACCAGUGACUGUCAUAAACGUGUUUAAUUAUUUGCCUAUUGAAUGUAAAAAUACAUUGGUCACAAAUUUAAGUUAAUUUUUUUAUUAUAAAUUGAGAAAUGGGUUUUAAGGUUGGAUAGGAAGGAGGAGCUAAAAGUAUCAUUAAAUUCAUUCUGAUGGAAUUAAAUGUCAGUUUACAGUGGUACAGAAUAUUGGAUUGAUGUCCUAGUUAUCUGGAAAUGUGCUGCCACUGAUGUAUUCUAACAUCGUUUGCAAGUUUCUGUACUUUUAGCUGUCAAUAGUUCUGUAAAAUCCCUUGCAUUCCAGUGUAAGUUGACCUCUUCCAACUGCCAAGAAAUAAAGCAAUUAAAGCUGACUUUUGCUCAA